CGGCGGCAGUCUCAUUUACGCAGUGGAAAAAUGAUAGGCUCAGCAUCGGCACCGUCGAAAAACUCGUUCGAAAUCCCCCGUGCAUGAUCUAGACUCUUUGUGGUGUCGAAACAUCAUUUGCGGAUAUCGAUGACAGAUGCGUCACGUCGGGAGAGCUCUCGGCGUACUUUUGCUUGUUGUAUGCGUUAUACUGCAAUCAAAUCAUUGAGGCGGUAGGCAGCGAUCAGACACGACGAGGGAAAAUCGUGUCCACCCCAAGGCAGAACUGCGAGAAAGUCGCGGAAGGUUCGUCAACCUGAAGAAAAUCGUCCCGAACUCCGUUCGGAACUCCCACCCCGGAACUCGACGCAGGGGAGCUCUUCUGUGAUCAGCGAUGCUCCAUUCAUCCAUUUUCCUCUAUGCUCUGAUCGGUGUCUUGAGUGCGGCUCGUGGUCACGAUGCGACGCCAAAGGAUCCAUGCUCCGCGUACGGGAACUAUGAGCUCAUCACCAGUCGGGGUGUCAUAACGCUCAGAUCGAAUGCAACGGCGACAUGCCUACACUCAUGCCCGGAUUCAGAGACUUCCCUGCCCCAAAUCGAAUGCCUUGGCGGCAAGAGCACCUCGUGUACGUCGGGCGACAUCGUUUCGGCGACUUGUAUAUAUCAAGAUGUUUUCUCUAUGAACUACUAUACCUGCGUGUUCCUCAACGCGACCGAGUACGUCGCCACGGUGGCUCGCUACAGCUUCGAGCUGGAAUACGAGCCGGACCAUCCCGAGUGCGUCUUGAAGAAUUCCUACCGUGUCUGGUAUAAUCAGGACUUCGUGCGUCAAAAGGCUCUCGUUGUCAUUCUCGGCGUCAGUUUGGGUUGCGCCGGUCUCAUUCUCGUUAUCUUGAUGACUCUUUGCUUCUUCUACUGCUGUCGAAGGAAACCUCGCGAUGAGCCUCUGCUGCACAACUCUGACAUGUCCCACAAUAUCUAUUGAAAGCUGAAGUCUAUACUGAAUGGGCUCACAUCCUGGUGCGAUUGAUGUAGUUAUAGAUCUACGGUGUGAAUAUUUUCCAUGAGAUCAGUAGGAAGUUCGCAGAGGGAGCAACUAUGAUUGCCAUCGACUCCGUUCCAUAAAGUAUGAGUCACUCCUCUCAAAGCGACAUUAACGUUGACAA